AUGGAAGCGUCCAUCCUGCCUCAGUCACUAAGUGCCGGGACUCCUCACACGGGGCACCACCUUGCCGGGGCUGACCAGCAGUCCCUGAACGACGGAUUAAUGGAUUACUCUGACACAACGUUUGCUGUGAACGAGAGGGCUAAGGGACGGCCUGGCUAUAGCAACCAGGCAGUUAUUAUCAGCCAAGACUAUGUCACACUGAAGGUCCACAUCAGUGACGCCAGCACCCACCAGCCUGUCCCAGAGGCACUCAUCGAGAUUUUCACCAACCAGGUCUCCAUCGCCUCUGGCACCUCGGGGACAGAUGGCGUGGCCUUCAUCAAGUUCCAGUAUAGGCUGGGCAGUCAGUUGAUCGUCACUGCCACAAAGCACGCCUAUGUGCCGAACUCUGCCCCAUGGAAGCCAAUCCGAUUACCUGUGUUUUCUUCGCUGAGCCUCGGCCUGCUUCCAGAACGAUCCGCUACUCUAAUGGUUUAUGAAGAUGUUGUCCAAAUAGUCUCAGGAUUCCAAGGUGCCCGGCCGCAGCCUCGCGUUCAUUUCCAGAGGAGAGCCCUGCGGCUGCCGGAGAACACCAGCUACAGUGACCUGACCGCUUUCCUGACGGCCGCCGGCUCCCCCUCUGAGGCCGACAGUUUUCCAUACUUGCGAGGAUUAGAUGGAAACAGAACAGGAAACGGCACCAGGUACGACCUGAGCCCAGUCACAGCUGUCAGCGUGCACUUGCUCAGCAGUGAUGGAACGCCGGUGCUGGUGGAUGGUCCCAUUUAUGUCACCGUGCCCCUGGCCACACAGAGCAGUCUGAGGCACAAUGCCUAUGUCGCAGCAUGGCGGUUUGACCAGAAGCUGGGAACGUGGCUGAAGAGUGGCCUCGGCCUCGUGCACCAGGAAGGCAGCCAGCUGACGUGGACGUACAUUGCCCCUCAGCUGGGGUACUGGGUGGCAGCCAUGUCUCCCCCCAACCCAGGUCCCGUUGUCACACAGGACAUUACCACGUAUCACACGGUGUUUCUUUUGGCCAUUUUAGGAGGAAUGGCUUUCAUACUUUUGGUUUUGCUGUGUCUCCUUUUAUAUUAUUGCAGGCGGAAGUGCUUGAAACCUCGUCAGCACCAUAGGAAACUGCAGCUCCCCGCGGCCCUGGAGAAUUCCAAAAGAGAUCAGUCCACCUCUAUGUCUCACAUCAACCUGCUGUUCGCCCGUCGGGAGUCGGAAUUCCCAGGCCCACUCUCUGUCACCAGCCACAGCCGCCCGGAUGCCCCGGGCACCAAGGAGCUGAUGAGUGGGGUCCGUUUAGAAAUGAUGUCUUCCAGCGGAGACGUGGACCUGCACACCCCCAUGCUGAAGCUGUCCUACAGCACCUCCCAAGAAUUCAGCUCUCGGGAGGAACUCCUGUCUCAUAAGGAAGAGGAUAAAAGCCAAAUCUCCUUUGAUAACCUAACACCGAGCGGGACGUUGGGAAAGGACUACCAUAAAUCCGUGGAGAUUUUCCCCUUAAAGUCCAGGAAGUCUGUGGAGAGAGAAGGCUACGAGUCCCCUGGCCGCAGUGACUACAGGAGGAGUUACAAUGCCAUGCUGUCACCGCCUUUAUUUGAGAAGCAAGACCGAGACAGUCAGGCCUCCAUCAACCAUAUUUCCACGGGAAGUAAGCUCACCAUUCAGGAACACAUGUACCCCGCGCCUUCCUCUCCCGAAAAAGAGCAGCUGCUUGACCGCAGACCGACUGAAUGUAUGAUGUCACGAUCCGUAGACCACCUGGAAAGACCCACGUCUUUCUCGCGGCCCGGCCAGUUGAUCUGCUGCAGCUCCGUGGACCAGGUCAAUGACAGCGUUUACAGGAAAGUGCUGCCUGCCUUGGUCAUCCCCGCUCACUAUAUGAAACUGCCCGGGGACCACUCCUACGUGGGCCAGCCGCUGGUCGUUCCAGCGGACCAGCAGCUUGAGAUCGAAAGACUGCAGGCUGAGCUCUCCAGCCCCCAUGCGGGGAUCUUCCCGCACCCCUCCUCUCAGAUCCAGGCCCAGCCCUUGUCGUGCCAGGCCAUCUCCCAGCAGCACUUGCAGGACGCGGGCAGCCGGGAGUGGAGCCCGCAGAACGCGUCCAUGUCGGAGUCUCUGUCCAUCCCAGCAUCCCUGAACGACGCGGCCUUGGCCCAGAUGAACAGCGAGGUCCAGCUCCUGACCGAAAAGGCUCUGAUGGAACUUGGCGGCGGGAAGCCGCUCCCGCACCCCCGGGCCUGGUUCGUCUCCCUGGAUGGCAGGUCCAACGCACACGUUAGACACUCUUACAUCGAUCUCCAAAGAGCGGGGAGGAACGGCAGUAACGAUGCCAGUCUGGACUCGGGCGUGGAUAUGAAUGAGCCAAAAUCUGCCCGGAAGGGAAGAGGAGACCCUUUGUCUCUGCCGCAGAACCACCCCCCUGCCCAGGAGCACCCUCAGAAGGAGCCGAGGCCGGCGGACAGCACCGCCUACACGCAGCUCGUGUACCUGGAUGACAUGGACCAAAGCGGCAGCGAGUGUGGCACCACCGUCUGCACCCCCGACGACAGUGCCCUGCGGUGCUUGCUGGACGGCUCCAGCCGGAGAAGCGGCGGCCAGCUGCCCAGCCUGCAGGAGGAGACGACCAAACGGACUGCGGACGUCCCCCCCGAGCCCCUGGCCAGCCCUGAUCAGAGAGGGUCUGCUCACGAGGACGACGAAGAAGACGACGAGGAUGACCAAGGAGAGGACAAGAAGAGCCCUUGGCAGAAGCGGGAAGAGAGACCCCUGAUGGCAUUUAACAUUAAAUGAGCGACUGCAGAGUCACCCAACCUAACAGAAUUGCCAAAAAUUCUUACUGAUGGAAGCGCUUACACGUUUGUGGAGGAAGUUGAACGACGGCAACCAUGGCCUGUGGACAUUUCCAUUUCCGGUUGUGUAAAUGUUCAAAAGGAAUUACAGUGAUGGCUCAGAAGAAAGGAGGGCGGCAAGGGAUGCCUAACCGCCAGGGAGGUGGCCGAACGUCGCUUCUGAGUGUCCUUCCACAUGCUUGCCGUGUCCCCCGAGGACGCUGAGAGACCACAGUGAUGUUGCUGGUUCUGACGAUAACCUCAGUUCUCCCUCAGAUUCCGGGAACAGAUGAAGCUCUUUUUUGCAUCGCCUGAGUCAGUUUUAUCACGAUAAUGCUCCUGUGAAGUUAUGAUUGAGAAAUUAGCUUGGCACUUAGUGUCUCGAGGAAUUCAUGACCUCGGAGGAAAGCUAUGCAUUGCUGCUUCAUGCUCUUACUUUGCCUAGGUUUAUGCUUUGCGUAGGUUUUGUUUCGGGUUUGCUUUUUUUUAUAAGCCCAGUUUGGUUGUCAAGAUUUUAUUUCUUCAUUUUGAUCUGUUCUGGUUCUUGGUGGUUUAUUUCCAUGUCUCCAUUCAGGAACUCCUGUCAUCCCUUAGCAUCCAAGCCUUCUAAUGAAACCGCACUGAAAUUUUUUAUCAGCUGAGAAUCCUUCAGUUCUGGGCCCGUUAACUCCAAGUGCCUUUUUUACAGUAACAACAGACAGUCCCUCACUUACCCUCUUUGUUUUUCUUAACUCCUGUAAUGGAACUGCCUGGAUUUUAUAAAGUUAUUAAACGAUGCCCCUUUUCUUUGAACUGCAUGCUGCCAAGUGCCCACUUGUGCACAGAAUUCCGAUUUCCGCGCAGUGUACUCUCCAGUUCUCCUGUGUGAUGUGGAUUCUGUUUAGCUAAGAUAAACUAGAGGACACCCUAAAGACUCCCCACCCCCACCCCCACCCGCCACUCCAUCCCUUUGGCCACUAGCCACCAUUAUGGUUUUAUUGGCUGUUUGUAUAUAUGGUUACGUAUUAGCGCUGGAAUUCUUUGGGCUGAUCUUGCUCUCCCAACAUCAGUGUGGACUGAGCAAGUGAACUGAAUGUGACUAUUAAAAAAAAAAAUCUUAUGUGCUAUCCAAAAGUGCCAGAAUGACUCUUCUGUGCAUUCUCCUUAAAGAGCUGCUUGGUUAUCCAAAAAUGAAAAUUCAAAAUAAACUUUCAAGG